AUGUCAUUCAGUACAUAUGAACAAGGUCUGAAGCAAGCCACCGAAUUAGCUAGUAGAGCUAUACAAAUCGAAUCAUCUCUUUCGUCUCUAUCCCCUCUGAUAUCCCCUUUACCGACUCUUCAGAAAGCAUUCCCAGCGUAUAUAUCAGCUGCAGAGACAUACUCUCAUCUCAUCUCUUCUUCGUUGGUCCCUUCGAAUGAGGUAGUUGCAGUCAAAAAGAAGUGGAGGCUGGUACUUGAGCGUGCGGAGAAAGUGAAAUCUCGCAUAGAAUCAUUAGGUGGUCAUGUAGGCAAAGUGGAAAUCGGAGAUACAGGUGAAGAAGCAGCUGUCUUAAGAAGAGGAUCAAGAGCAAAUGGUGUAGACAUCCCAUUGUGGGUUCAGCCUAACAGACACGAUUUUGAAGGUGAACAAUAUACAGAUUCAAGACAACCUGAAUUAGCUGAAGAGCAAUUGUUAUGUGAUCCAAUAUGGAAAGAGGUACCCCAAGAAGACUGGAAAGGAUUAGAUGAAAAUGAGUGGACGGUGCGCCAGGGUCCGGUAGCCGAUUGCUCAGUCGUAGCUGCUAUGGGAGUAGCAUUGGAGCACGAUAGACAGUUCGGAACCGAUUUCGGUAAAAGCAAUUUGUAUCCCAAAGAUGAGGAGCGACAACCCAAAAGGUCUGAAAACGGCAAACACGUUCUGAAGCUUCUAUUGAAUGGUGCUUGGCGAAGUGUCGUUUUCGACGCUUUAUUGCCCCACUCAUCUGACGAUAAGCCUUUAUAUACCACAUGUCAUCCUGCAAAGUCAAGUGCUUCGUCCUCUUUGUCACUUAUCGGAGCACCAUGGGUACCAUUAGCUCUGAAGGGAUAUUUCAAGGUAUUCGGCGGAUAUUCAUUGAAAGGAAGUAAUCCGGCACCUGAUAUAUAUGCGUAUACAGGCUGGAUACCUGAACGCCUGAGUCUCAAAGAAGGAUUUCAAAGGGAGAAAGAAUGGAAGAGGAUAUAUCAAAGCUGGAAAAAGGGGCAAGUUAUGAUAAGUCUUGGUACUGGGGAACACACCUCUGCAGGGCUAGUAAGACUGCAUGCGUAUGGUGUCACAUCAAUACGUGAAGAAGAUGAUGAACGAUACGUGGAAGUCUUCGAUCCUGGAGCUACGACGUUUACUAUGUCUUGGGAUGGACUAUGCUCUGAAUUUGAAGCUUUACAUCUGAAUUGGAAGCCUGAAAUGAUGCCAAUCUCAGCUGCUCGCCAUUGGUCCUGGCCAAAACCUGUCAGCACAUCGACUACCGGUUCUACACCUUUAAGAAACCCUCAAUAUCGCCUGAAAGUGUCUUCUCCAUCAAGUAAUGUCCACGAGAUAUGGAUAUUACUGUCUCAACAUAUCACAAGCAAAGAUCGACCGCUUGAUGAUAUAGCAUUGCACGUGUUUGAAGAGUAUGGUGCUGGAAGUAAACUAGGCAGAUCAGUCAGUCCAGAAAUGGCCGAUCAAAUGAGUCCCUAUGCCAAUGACACGCAUGUACUCGUGCGGUAUCGUUUGCGACAGUCCGCAUCAUCUUUGCUAGUGAUACCUGCAAGGGACAGAGGCAACUUUCAAACUGGAUUCACGAUAAAUGUAUUCGCAAGUCAAGGUUCUGUUUUAUCGCUCGAAAGGAUGAGUCGGACGCUUCCUUUUUCUCAAGCAGUAUCCUCGUCUCUGAAUAAUCGAAACGCCGGUGGACAUCCUGGUCAUCCAACAUAUAAUAUCAACCCACAAUACCAGGUGACGAUUCUACCUCCGAUCAAAGGCGGUAAGAUAGAUGGUAGAAUCGCGAUACAGGGAGGAAAAGAAUGUGCAUGGAAUGUCAAGCUGCUUUGGGGUAAAGGAGAACUGGUAUUCGACGUAACGGAAGAUAUGAUUGUUGCUGAUACAGGCGCCUAUUCAUAUGGCCUGGCAUAUUGUGAUAUAUCUGACCUCAAUCCCGGUAGAUAUACUUUGAUUGUAUCUGCAUUUGAGCCGAAUAUGACUGGUUCAUAUACAUUAUCACUCGAAUCUACUGCUCCAGUUCAGAUCAAUCCUAUACCUGGUGAAGGGGCAGGUAUGUAUAGCAGGGUCAUCAACGGUUCCUGGUCUGAGGAGACAGCCGGUGGACGACCCAGUUCAGGGGGAUAUUACCGAAACCCAAGGAUCGAAGUGAUCCUUCCUAAACCAGGCGUAAUAUCAUCUCGGCUAUGUCUUCCAAGGCCUUCACCUGUUCCCAUAAACAUGACCAUCUUCCGGCGUGGCACAGGUGUCAAAUUAGGUGAACAAGUGUCUACCACUGGACCAUACUCUGACGCUCUCAGUGGAGUCUCCACUGGUCGUGUGAAGCUGGAUUCAGGGAUAUACAUCUUGGUCCCUUCUUCCUACGGACCUAUCAAGACAAGUUGGAUCAUGAAGAUCUGGUCAGAUGUAGCCAUAAGUGUUGAAUCUGGGAUUUGA